AUGGCUUUGAGAUGUCAAUAUGAAAAUUCCAGCGACGUCGCUGUCUUUUGUAAACUUACAAAUGCAUACUGCUUGGUCGGGAUUGGAGGAACGUCGCAUUUCUACAGGUGAGUGUUUAUUAUUCUUUGUGUUUCGGGUUUAGGAAGAUGAGUCAUGAAUAACAUAAAAAAAGUGUUCGGACUCUUUGAAAUUAUGGCUUCAUGAGCUUUCUAAAGGAUAUUGAGGGUGUUUCGGUUACGAGGUUUUUGUUGGCGUCUCUUUUUGGAGCUCUGUUUGGGAUGUUCAUCGGUUAUUAUGAAUAAUGUCGGAAAGUGACAAAAUUAUUGAAAUUGUGGUUUUAUUAGCUAGCGGAAAGGAUUUUAUAGUUUUUUUUGGCUAGAUACUUCUAUCUUCGACUCUUUUUUUAAGAGCUAUUUACAAAAAAGAUCAGCGUUCUCAUGAAUAAUAUAAUUUCCACUCUAAUUGUUUGUUUUCUAGUAUUGUCGAAGCCGAAUUGGCCGAUGUGAUCCCCGUAAUCCACUGCACAAUCGCCGGAACCUCCAUUGUUGGACGGGUUUGCGCUGGAAACCGUCAUGGUCUCCUUGUUCCAGAUGCCACCACAGACAAUGAACUCCAACAUCUCCGGAAUUCCCUCCCCGAUUCUGUGACCAUUCGAAGGGUGAACGAACGUCUCUCAGCCCUCGGAAAUGUAAUCUCCUGCAAUGAUCACGUUGCAAUUGUUCAUGCUGAUGUCGGAAAAGAGCUGGAGGAGGCGUUGAAGGAGGUCUUGAAGGUCGAAGUUUUCCGAAUGAACCUUGGAGAGCACGCACUUGUUGGAUCCUACUCUUGUGUCACGUCUAAUGGAGCUUUGGUCGCCGCGAAAACACCCCCACAAACUCAACGGGAAUUGGCCUCACUUCUUCAGGUCCCAGUUGUCGCCGGAACAGUGAAUCGAGGCUCGGAAUUGGUCGGAGCCGGCGUCUGUGCCAAUGAUUGGAUGGCAAUUUGCGGGUUGAACACAACCUCAGCCGAGCUCUCAGUCAUCGAGUCCAUCUUCAAACUGGGAGAUCAAAAUCCAUCCGCCAUUUCGAAGGAACUCCGAGACACACUCAUUGAGAGCAUGUUAUAG